UAGAAGCCAUCUGAAUACUAAGCCAAGGCAGAACGCUCAUGAAGUAGCAACUUAAGUGGCAGUGUUUAUUCUGAAAUUUUCAGGCAGCCAGACUGUCUUAGGCAAAUCCUGAUAAAAUAGCUCUUAUCCAGGUUUUUAUCUAAGGAAUCCCAAGAAGACCGGAGAAUGGAGAGACAGCAAAGGUUUAUGUCAGAGAAGGAUGAGUAUCAGUUUCAACAUCAGGGAGCGGUGGAGCUGCUUGUCUUUAAUUUUUUGCUCAUCCUUACCAUUUUGACAAUCUGGUUAUUUAAAAAUCAUCGAUUUCGCUUCUUGCAUGAAACCGGAGGAGCGAUGGUGUAUGGCCUCAUAAUGGGAUUAAUCUUACGGUAUGCUACAGCACCAACAGAUAUUGAAAGUGGAACUGUGUAUGAUUGUGGAAAACUGGCCUUCAGUCCAUCAACUCUGCUGAUUAAUAUCACUGACCAAGUUUAUGAAUAUAAAUACAAGAGAGAAAUAAGCCAGCAUAACAUCAAUCCUCACCAAGGCAAUGCAAUACUUGAAAAGAUGACAUUUGAUCCAGAAAUCUUCUUCAAUGUUUUACUGCCACCAAUUAUAUUUCACGCAGGAUACAGCCUAAAGAAGAGACACUUUUUUCAAAACUUAGGAUCUAUUUUAACAUAUGCCUUCUUGGGAACUGCCAUCUCCUGUAUCGUCAUAGGGUUAAUUAUGUAUGGCUUUGUGAAAGCUAUGGUAUAUGCUGGCCAGUUGAAAAAUGGAGACUUCCAUUUCACUGACUGUUUGUUUUUUGGUUCACUGAUGUCAGCUACAGAUCCAGUGACAGUGCUGGCCAUUUUCCAUGAACUGCACGUCGACCCCGACCUGUACACACUCCUGUUUGGGGAGAGUGUGUUGAAUGAUGCAGUGGCCAUUGUCCUCACCUAGCUCCUUCUUCUAGCUGGUGCACCUGGAUCCCACUGGCGCCUUCCUUAGCUCUACUGAGAGUGUGUACCUGCACCAUCCUGGGUCUGGACUCUCUGUCCACCAGUGCCGUCUGUGGCUGGCCACGUCCUCCACCCUGAGCAAUUUUCCACAAUGGUGUACCCUUGCUUAUGUGCUUUUUAAAAGUUUUACAUGACUUUCAGACCAGAAGUUCAAACAUUUGUCUCUUCACUUUCCUCUUCCUUCACAUGAAACUGUUUCCCCUGACACAACUUUCUGCCUGGUAACUCAUGCCUUUUCUUACACGCACAGAGUUUGCUCCUCCCCAGCUUGUUUCUGCCUAAUCAGGUCUUUCACCACUUACCUCAGUCUCCUUCAGGAACCACUAGCCUACAAGCUGAGCCCCUAAUCUAGCCCUGCAUGAACCUCCUUCAAUUCCCUUCCAGCAUAGCAGGGCAAUCUUGGGUUUGCACUUAUAUUUGGUGUUUUUUAGAUAGUAACUUUUUUUAAAAAAGAUUUUAUUUAUUUAUUUGACAGAGAGAGAGAGAGACAGCGAG